UUCGGCAACACUAUAACAUGCAUAUGAUCGCUUUGUCUUUUGUCAGAAAAGGUUCGGACUUGGUUCAGGUCAGGAAACUGUUAAGAGAUCAUGCCAAGAACAUUCUUCUCAUGUCAAAGGUUGAGAACCAAGAAGGUGUGGCGAACUUCGAUGACAUUCUGGUCAACUCUGACGCGUUCAUGAUUGCAAGAGGAGAUCUCGGCAUGGAGAUUCCUAUUGAGAAGAUCUUCUUAGCUCAGAAAGUGAUGAUCUACAAAUGCAACAUCCAGGGCAAACCAGUGGUGACAGCGAUACAGAUGCUCGAGUCCAUGAUCAAAUCCCCUCGACCCACAAGAGCUGAAGCAACCGACGUUGCAAACGCGGUCCUUGAUGGCACGGACUGCGUCAUGCUCAGCGGCGAGACCGCAGCUGGAGCUUACCCUGAGCUAGCUGUACGCAUGAUGGCCAAGAUCUGCGUUGAAGCCAAGAGCACGCUUGACUACGGAGACGUCUUCAAGAGGAUCAUGCAGUACUCUCCGGUUCCAAUGUCCCCGCUGGAGUCACUGGCCUCCUCUGCGGUCAGAACGGCUAACUCGGCUAGAGCCAUGCUCAUCAUGGUCCUAACCAGGGGAGGAAGCACAGCGAGGCUUGUGGCUAAGUACAGACCAGGGAUGCCUAUUUUAUCUGUCGUUGUUCCCGGGAUGAAAAUCGACUUCUUUGACUGGUCUUGCAGCGACGAAUCGCCCGCGAGGCACAGUCUCAUCUUCCGUAGGUUGAUCCCGGUGCUGUACGCAGGGUCUGCUAGAGCCUCGCAUGAUGAGUCCACAGAAGAAGCUAUUCAGUUUGCGACUUAGCAUGGGAAAGAGAAGCAGCUGUGUUAGACUGGAGACUCUGUUGUUGCUCUGCUCCGUGUUGGUAAUGCUUCCCUAAUCAAGAUCUUGACCGUCAAGUGAUGAUUGAUGAUUCACGAUCUUUAAAAGAAGUCCCGUUUUUGGCGUUUGGCGGUUGUGGGAACACACAACUAUAAUCGGUUUUUGUUAUGAAUUUUCCAAUUCAAGAUUGUGAUUACAUUUCUUGAGAUAGGAAACUCAAGUUCUCUUUCUUGCUAAUUACAACUACUGUGGUGACCAGUGAAUCCACUUACGUCUCUCUUUGUUUUGGAUUAUUGGUUGUAUGGAACUAAUCAAUCAUACACGUAUCUAUUAUCAUGAUUUUCUUCUUUUUUUUU